UUCUGCUCAGUUUGUGGUCAUCAAAUGAAAUCAUCAGUAUAAAUUUACCGCAUCAUUUUGAAAGGUGUCCUUAAAAGUUUUAUUGUAUUUAUUUGGAAUUUUGUAGGUAAUAAGUAACCCAUUGAAUCAUACCAUACGGAAAUAUUUGUAUCAUCAAAAACAUGUCACGAUUGGACCUGGUGAUCUUUGGUGCGACUGGCUUCACGGGAAGGAAGGCUGCGGAGGAGGUGGCCCGCGGCGGUAAGGACUAUGAUACCCUCUCGUGGGGGGUGGCUGGCCGCUCGCAGGAUAAACUGGAGGCGUUAAUUAAAGAUCUCACCAAGAUAACAGAUCGUGACCUGACCAACGUGAAGUUGAUUGUAGCCGACAUUAAAGAUGACAAAUCGCUGAAGGAGAUGUGCUCGCAGACGAAGGUGCUGGUGAACUGCUGUGGCCCGUACCGCCUCUAUGGAGAGCCGGUGGUACGCGCUGCCAUCGAAGCCAAGACCCACUACGUGGACGUCAGCGGCGAGCCUCAGUUCAUGGAGACGAUGCAGCUGGUGUACGACGCGCAGGCCCGCGAAGCGGGCGUGUAUGUGGUGAGCGCUUGCGGCUUCGACAGCGUCCCCAACGACAUGGGCGUCGUGUUCCUGCAGCAGAACUGGGAAGGUACAUUGAACUCUGUCGAGUCGUAUCUGACCACAUAUAUACCUCCAGAGUAUCGCAACGAAGCAAGAAAAAGUGGCACUAUACAUUAUGGAACGUGGGAGUCACUUGUCUAUGGUUUAUCACAUAACAAUGAGCUGCCUGAUCUCCGCAAGAAACUGUUCCCCGAAAGGAUGCCAACGUACAAACCGAAAUUGGAGUCGAGAGGCGUAGUGCACCAGUACGGCAGCGGGUACUGCCUUCCGUUCCCGGGCGCCGACAACUCCGUGGUGUACCGCUCGCAGCGUGGCCGCUACGAGGCUAACUACCGCCCAGUACAAUUCCGGGCUUACGUGAAGUUUUCAAAUCUAGUGACCACAUUACUGGCAGCGUUCGCUGGCGUAUUGCUUUACCUGAUGACGAGAACCGCCUACACCAGGCAACUGUUACUCGACCAUCCACGGUUCUUCUCCGGCGGGAUGAUCACCAGGCAGGGCCCCAAGGAGGAGGUCAUGAACAACACGCACUUCAAGUUCGAACUGGUUGGCAGGGGGUGGGCGAACGAUGCGGACCUCGAGUCUUUGCCACCCAAUAAGGAAGUGUUGGCGACGGUGUCGGGCUUGAACCCCGGGUACGGUGCCACAGUGGUGGCCCUCAUACACUGCGGCCUCACUAUGCUGCGGGAACAGGACAAGAUGCCCGGCACCGGCGGCGUGAUGACGACAGCCCUAGCGUUCAGCAACACGAGCCUCAUCCAACGUCUCAACGAGAACAAUCUUAAAUUCCAAAUAGUCGAGAAUAAAUAGAGGGAAAAAUAUGAUUUCGGUGCCUUACGACGAUGAUCACGUUGGGAAAGUGUUAUCCUUUCAGACCCAAGAUUUUUUUCUUUCAGAUUAAAUAUAUUUCCGUAUUUUGGAGCCAAGCCAUCAUGCCGGCACGCACGAGACUACUGCACCACCUAACCGCUAAACUGAUUUCUUAUUGGCUGGUUUAGAGUCUCACUGUCAUGUUAUUUCAGCUUCGUGCGUAAAAAUGAAUUGUGCGCGGUUUUAGGAUUUUUUAAAGUUACAACUCACGCCCGUAUCGUUCAGGUCUGAAAGGGAUAUAUGUUGGAGAUAUUAAAAAGAGAAAUUUUUCACAUUUCAAAUUUGAUAACUAUUUAUAUAUUAUUAUGGUUAUAAUUCAACUAACCUCUAGAAAUUAGUUAUAUAUCUAUAUUUUUUUACUGUAAUGUUUAUAUGUAACUGGAAAACGGGUAUUUAAUGAACUUAACUAUAUUUGUCGUGUCUUACUUCAUUCAGAACUUUUGUCCAGUUAUGUAUAAAUAUAUAUAUAAAAAAAAAACUAACAUAGAUUAAAAAAAAAAAGAAAUAAUAAAAAUUAUAAAUUGUAUCGCUGUAAUGUAAAACUGCUUCUUAUUUUAAAAUCUCCCGCCAUUGUGUUGCGGAGAAUUGCAUUUAGUUUUACAAAUUGGGUAUAACAAUAUCCAAGGAUACAAGUUCUAAUGUAUUGCAUGUCUCACAAUCAAACUGCCAUAAUAUUUCACAAUUAAUAUUUUAAAAUACAUUAAGAAAUAUACUGAGCUUUGACUAUGUAAGCAAUAUAAAAUAAUAAAAGGCAGUUAUAUUCUCUUGAGAGUUUCUUACAUAUAAUAUAUAACCAAUUAGUCCCACUGUUGGACAUGAAUAUCUCGCCAUUAGGGGACGAUGUUAGCACCCCGACUGGACGGAUAUAUGUAGCACGAAAAAUAGCAUUUAUUACGCAUUUUUUUUUUCCUUUUGAAACAUGUGUGAUUAAAAUCUUGCAUUUAAAAUAUUAUAUUAGGAAUUCUACAUCUUUAUUUUAUAAUUUUACAAAUUUUUAUUUUUUUCACAAUUUAAUACGAAUACCAUACAUACAUAUCUGUCACGCCUAUCUCCCAUUAGGGUUGGCAGAAACAAUGGAACGCCAAAUGCUUCGAUUCAAACAGACCUCGUUUAUUUUCGUUCUUGUUCAACAGAAAUUAAUUGUAAGCAUUUAUUUUUAUAACUUUAUUAUUAAUAGUUGCAUGUAAUUGAUAAGAUAUAAUUUUGUUAUUUUUAUAUCACCAAAGCCUAACAGUAACACGAUCUGCUAUUUAUUUUAAAACGACUAUUGUGAAUAAAACAAUGAUUAUGUGUUAAUAACAUGGUUAGAAGACUUUAAUGUUCCGUAUUGAAAUAAACACGGAACUAUUAUAGUUUCGCAUUUCUGUCUGUCCGUCUCUUUUUAGAAGUGAUAUUUUUAAUUAGCAUUUUUUUUUUCAUGGAAUUUAAUGUAUAAGUAUUCUGAUUAAGUUAGAAUCAAUAAAGUGUCCGACAAUUUGAAUUGAGAUAUGUCUACAAAGCUCGCCAUCGACAGGGAGUUCACUAUCGUACCUUACAGCCCAAAUGGUCGCGUACAAUGCGGUUUCAGAGAUGUUUUCUCCCACGAACACUCAGGUUGUGGAAUGAACUCCCUGCCGAGGUUUUCUCAAGAGACUACAGCAUGGAAUUCUUCAAAAGGGGGAUGAAGAGGUUUCUUCAGGGUCGGCAACGCGCGCGUAAUACCUCUGGUAUUGCAGACGUUCACAGGCUACGGUAACCGCUUACCAUCAGGUGGGCCGUAUGUUAGUUUGCCACCUCAGUGGUAUAAAAAAACUCUUUUAUUUGAUAAUGUUCUCUCUUGGUAAUUUUUAAUUUAUUUAAGUUACUAAUUAAUACAAUAAUCAAAAUAUUGUUUAUGAUUCUUGUACAGUUGUUUUCGAGUUAUAUAUCCAAGAAGUUUGAAAACCAGCAUAAUAUGAAUUAUAGAAAUGGAUAAACCAUGAAAUUUAUGAACGGUUUUAGUUUUCAGACCUGUCUACCCCGUAACGGAAUGAUGGAUAGAUAUAUAGAUAAUUCGAAAAUAACUAACUCCCAUGAGAAAAUAACAAUCAAUGUCGAUAGAAUUGUUUUAGAGAAGGAAAUACUAGAUGUCGCUAUCUCAUUCUCUUACGUUGACUCGCCAACGAUAUCGAUUCGAUGGAUAGAUUCGUUUACCACUCGCCUCGGGGCCGGCUAUCCAACUUCUAAGGAUGUACUUACAUUAUAUUCUUGUUCAUUAUAAACUAAUUGUAAGCAUUUAUUUUUAUAACUUUAUUAUUAAUAGUUGCAUGUAAUUGAUAAGAUAUAAUUUUGUUAUUUUUAUAUUCCAAAGCCUAAUAGUAACACAAGAUCUGCUAUUUAUUUUAAAAAGUUGGAAGAUUUAAAUGUAUUUUUUUUUUUAAUAUUAAACAUUUGAUUUCA